UCCAGAAAUCGCGAUUUUUUUUGCAACCGCGGAUCACAGAAGUACGGAAAAGCAGCGAAGAUUUGCUCGGCGAACGAACGUCGGGAUCUGAAUCCUUGUGAGGAAAGUAGAACAGUGAAAAGUAGACAAUGUCCGUCUCGUUGAGCGCCUUGCGUAAUCGAUUGGCGGUGCUAACAAACUCGUCCGGCAUCCACAAAGAGCAGGCCGACAAAUACCGGCAGCUGCUCGACCAGAUUUUGCUGAACGGCGAGGAACUUGUGGAAACGCUGAAGCUGUUCAUCGAAGCCAUUCUGAACGAACACGUCAGUCUGGUGAUCUCGCGCCAAAUACUUUCCGAUGUGAGUUUCCAGUUGACCAAACUCCCGGAUGAAAUCUCCAAAAAUGUGUCCCACUUCACACUCGACAAGGUUCAACCACGCGUCAUUUCGUUCGAAGAGCAAGUGGCGAGCAUUCGACAACACUUGGCACAAAUCUACGAGCGCAAUCAAAACUGGAAAGAGGCCGCCAACGUGCUCGGUGGUAUUCCCUUGGAAACCGGACAAAAGCCGUACUCAUUGGAUUACAAACUGGAAACAUACUUGAAGAUCGCUCGACUCUUUCUCGAGGACGAAGAUCCGGUUCAGGCCGAAUCGUUCAUAAACCGUGCCUCGAUCCUGCAGGCUGACACCAAGGACGAGAAGCUGCAGAUCCUGUACAAAGUGUGCUACGCACGAGUGCUCGACUAUCGUCGCAAGUUCAUCGAAGCAGCCCAGCGAUACAACGAGCUGUCCUACCGAACGAUAGUGGACGAGGGCGAGCGUAUGACGGCGCUGAAGAAGGCCCUCAUCUGUACCGUGCUAGCAUCGGCCGGUCAGCAGCGAUCUCGUAUGCUGGCCACCCUGUUCAAGGAUGAACGCUGUCAGCAUUUGCCGGCAUACGCGAUCCUCGAAAAGAUGUACCUCGAUCGUAUUAUCCGACGAUCGGAGCUGCAGGAGUUUGAAGCUCUACUUCAGUCGCACCAGAAAGCGACCACAGUCGAUGGAUCGACCAUACUUGACCGGGCCGUGUUCGAACAUAAUCUGCUGUCCGCCAGCAAGCUAUACAACAAUAUCACGUUCGAGGAAUUGGGCGCGUUGUUGGAGAUUGCACCACCAAAAGCGGAACGUAUCGCAAGUCAGAUGAUAACCGAGGGUCGCAUGAACGGAUAUAUCGAUCAAAUUGAUGGCGUGGUGCAUUUCGAGACGCGGGAAAUAUUGCCAAUGUGGGACAAGCAAAUUCAAAGCAUCUGCUACCAGGUGAAUGGACUGAUUGAGAAGAUUGCCGCAGCGGAACCGGAGUGGAUGAACAAAAUGAUAGAGAAAGAGAUGUGUCCUUGAGACGUGCAGUUAGUUUCGAGAUAACUGCGAGUUCGCUGAGUACGCCGCUGCUUUUGUUUCUCGAUAACCCUGUCAUCUUCAGCUGUAACCCCCAAACAAUCAUCCUUUUUUGUAUCGUCAAUACAGAAGAUUCGUUCACAGAAGAAUCAGUUAUCCUAUGUUCGAUU